AUGUCCAGCAAACCUGAGAAGAAGCGGAAAGUGAGUGGCUGGGGAAGUACCCGCAAGCAAGCUGCUCAGGGUGCUCCAGCUGCACAGGCUGGGGAUGCUACCCUGCCUGCCAGUGAGCCCGAGCUGGAGCUGGAGCCUCUCAAGGAGGAUUCUGAGGCAGCAUUGGAGGAAUCUGAAGUACAAAAAGAAAAUUUACAGGAGCCUGAAGUGGAUGUGAAGCCCCUUUUUCUGUCCCGAGCUAUGCUGACAGGACUAGCAGAUGCCAAAUGGACAGAAGAGCAUGAUACCAUUCUGGAACAUUUUGCCCAGGACCCAUCAGAGCCCAUCCUCACCAUCUUCAUCGACCCCUGUUCAGGGCUGAAGCUAGAUUUGGGCAUGCCUGUACAGACGCAGAACCAGAUUGUGUACUUUAUUCGCCAAGCACCGGUUCCCAUCACUCCAGAAAACUUUGAGGCAACUGUGCAGUUUGGGACAGUUCGAGGUUCCUAUAUCCCAGCCCUGCUUCGCCUCCUCAGUGGUGUCUUUGCCCCUCAGGUCUUUACAAACACAAGCUGGCCUGAGAGCAUUCGAAAUCAUUUUGCUUCUCAUCUGCACAGGUUCUUGGCCUGCCUGACAGAUACUCGGUACAAACUGGAGGGGCACACUGUUCUCUACAUCCCUGCAGAGGCCAUGAUGAUGAAGCCCGAGGUGGUGUUUAAGGACAAAGAGCUGGUGCAGCGGCUAGAGACCUCUAUGAUCCACUGGACCCGGCAGAUAAAGGAGGUGCUCAGUGCCCAGGAGACUGUGGAGACAGGAGAAAAUUUAGGUCCUUUGGAGGAGAUUGAGUUCUGGCGCAACCGAUGCAUGGACCUAUCUGGCAUUAGUACACAGCUGGUGAAGGAGGGAGUGAAACACAUUGAGUCUAUCCUGCGCCUUGCCAAGUCAUCCUACUUGGCACCCUUUAUGAAACUGGCCCAACAGAUCCAGGAUGGUUCUUGUCAAGCACAGUCAAACCUGACUUUUUUGUCAAUCCUGAAGGAACCUUACCAGGAAUUAGCCUUCAUGCCCCCUAAGGACAUCUCUAGUAAGCUUCCCAAGUUGAUCAGUCUCAUCCGAAUCAUCUGGGUCAACUCUCCCUACUACAACACUCGGGAGAGACUGACCUCCCUCUUCCGAAAGGUAUGUGACUGUCAGUACCAUUUUGCCCGCUGGGAAGAUGGCAAGCAAGGUCCCCUUCCUUGCUUCUUUGGUGCCCAGGGGCCUCAGAUAACACGAAAUUUGCUGGAGAUUGAGGACAUCUUUCAUAAAAAUCUGUACACUCUGCGAGCAGUUCGCGGGGGCAUCCUGGAUGUCAAGAACACCUCUUGGCAUGAAGACUACAAUCGUUUCCGUGCUGGAGUCAAGGACCUGGAGGUGAUGACUCAGAACUUGAUCACCUCUGCCUUCGAGAAAGUUCGAGAUGUAGAGCACGGAGUGCUGCUACUGGAUACCUUCCACAGGCUUUCAGCCCGUGAGGCAAUCAAGCGAACAUAUGACAAGAAGGCAGUGGAUCUCUACAUGCUAUUUAAUACCGAAUUGGCCCUUGUGAACCGCGAACUGAACAAGAAAUGGCCAUAUCUGGAGCCCUACAAGGCCCAGUAUUCUGGACAGGCACACUGGGUGCGCAUUCUACGGCGCCGCAUCGACAGAGUCAUGAAUUGUCUUUCUAGUGCUCAUUUCUUGCCUCACAUUGGGACUGGAGAGGAGAGUGUACAUACCUACCAGCAGAUGGUUCAGGCCAUUGAUGAACUGGUUCGGAAAACCUUCCAAGACUGGACAUCAACACUGGACAAGGACUGCAUUCGGCGGCUGGAUAUGCCAUUGUUACGAAUCAGCCAGGAGAAGGCAGGGAUGCUGGACAUCAACUUUGACAAGUCCCUGCUGAUUCUCUUUGUGGAGAUUGACUACUGGGAGCGGCUGCUGUUUGAGAUACCCCAUUAUGUGGUGAAUGUAGCUGAACGUGCAGAGGACCUGCGAAUUCUUCGUGAAAAUCUGCUUCUUGUUGCCCGAGACUACAAUAAGAUUAUUGCCAUGCUGUCCCCAGAUGAGCAGGCCCUGUUCAAAGAGCGUAUCCGAUACCUGGAUAAGAAGAUCCAACCUGGACUCAAGAAACUGCACUGGGCCUUAAAGGGGGCCAGUGCCUUCUUCAUCACAGAGUGCCGCAUACAUGCCAGCAAGGUACAGGCGAUUGUGAAUGAGUUCAAGGCAUCCACUCUGACCAUUGGCUGGCGAGCCCAAGAGAUAUCAGAGACACUGUUGAUACGCAUUAGCAGCAAACGAGUAUACAGGGACCUGGAAUUUGAGGAGGACCAAAGAGAGCAUCGAGCAACUGUGCAGCAGAAGUUGCUGAGCCUGCACCAGGAUGUGGUAGCCAUCAUGACCAACUCUUAUGAAGUCUUCAAGAAUGAUGGCCCUGAGAUUCAGCAGCAGUGGAUGCUGUACAUGAUUCGAUUGGACCGCAUAAUGGAGGAUGCCCUGCGUCUGAAUGUGAAGUGGUCACUAUUGGAACUGUCUAAAGCUAUCAAUGGGGAUGGAAAGACCACUCCAAACCCACUCUUCCGAGUCCUUGUAACUUUGCAGAAUGACAUGCAGGGAGGUGUAGCACAGGUGGAAUUCUCACCCACUCUGCAGACUCUGGCAAGUGUGGUCAAUGACAUUGGCAACCACCUUUUUUCCACCAUCUCUGUCUUCCGCCACCUCCCAGAAAUUCUCUCCAAGCGCAAGUUUCAUCGUGACCCCAUCCAUACAACUGUGGAGCGAGAUGAGGACAUCAAGAAGAUCCAGGCCCAGAUCAGCAGCGGUAUGACCAGUAAUGCAAGCCUGCUGCAGAACUACCUCAAAACCUGGGAUAUGUAUCGGGAGAUCUGGGAGAUCAACAAGGACUCUUUUAUUCGUCGCUAUCAGCGCCUCAACCCCCCUGUCUCUUCUUUUGAUGCCGACAUUGCCCGCUACACCGAGGUUGCUAAUAACGUGCAGAAGGAGGAGACAGUCCUCAAUAUCCAGUUUGUGUUGCUGGACUGCUCAAAUCUCAAGUUCUCGCUGGUGCAGCACUGCAACGAGUGGCAGAACAAGUUCACGACUCUGCUCAAGGAGAUGGCAGCCCGGCGCCUCCUGGAGCUGCACACCUACCUGAAGGAGAAUGCGGAGAAAAUAAGCCAUCCUCCGCAGACACUGGAGGAACUGGGGAUCAGUUUGCAACUCAUGGAUACCCUGCAGCAUGACUUGCCCAACCUGGAGACCCAGAUUCCUCCCAUCCAUGAGCAAUUUGCCAUUCUUGAGAAGUACGAGGUGUCAGUUCAGGACAGUGUACUGGAGAUGCUGGACAGUCUCAAUGGAGAGUGGGUCCUCUUCCAACAAACUCUGUUGGACAGUGAACAGAUGCUGAAGAAAUACAAGGAGAAAUUCAAGACAAGCCUCAUUCACUCAGCUGAUGAUUUCAAGAAGAAAGCACAUCAUCUUCUGGAAGAAUUUGAUGCCAAAGGCCCCUUCACCAGUAAUGUGGGACACCAGGCUGCUCUAGACCAGAUUGCCCAAGUACGGGCCAUGCUGAAUGCCAUGCGGGAGGAAGAAAAUAGUCUCCGUGCCAACUUGGGCAUCUUCAAGAUUGAGCAGCCGGCCUCCAAGGACUUGCAGAACCUGGAGAAGGAGCUUGAUGCACUCCAACAAGUGUGGGAGAUCACAAGGGACUGGGAGGAGAACUGGAACCAGUGGAAGACUGGCCGGUUCCUGACCCUGCAGACGGAGGCCAUGGAGGCCAUGGCCCAUGGGCUGUUCCGUCGCCUCACAAGACUAGCCAAAGAGUAUAAGGAUCGAAACUGGGAAAUUAUUGAAAGCACUCGAUCAAAAAUCGAGCAGUUCAAGAGGACCAUGCCUCUCAUCUCAGACCUGCGAAACCCUGCCCUUAGAGAGAGGCACUGGGAUCAGGUCAGGGAUGAGGUCCAGUGGGAGUUUGAUCAGGAAUCUGAAAAUUUCACCCUGGAGCAGAUUGUGGAGCUUGGGAUGGAUCAACAUGUGGAGAAAAUUGGGGAGAUCUCGGCCUCAGCAACCAAAGAACUGGCUAUAGAAUUGGCAUUACAAAACAUUGCUAAGACUUGGGAUGUGAUUCAGCUAGAUGUAGUACCCUACAAGGAUAAGGGCCAUCACCGACUCAGAGGUACAGAGGAGGUAUUCCAGGCACUGGAAGAUAACCAGGUGUCUAUAUCCACCAUGAAGGCAUCUCGUUUUGUCAAGGCCUUUGAGAAGGAUGUGGACCACUGGGAACGCUGCCUCUCCCUCAUUUUGGAAGUUAUUGAGAUGCUGCUCACAGUACAGCGUCAGUGGAUGUACCUAGAGAAUAUCUUCCUAGGAGAAGACAUCCGUAAGCAGCUGCCCAAUGAAUCAGCCUUAUUUGACCAGGUCAACAGCAACUGGAAAUCCAUUAUGGACCGGAUAAGCAAGGACAACAAUGCUCUCCGGAGUACCCACCAUCCAGGCCUCCUGGACACAUUGAUAGAAAUGAAUACAAUCCUGGAAGAUAUUCAGAAGUCUCUGGAUAUGUACUUAGAGACUAAGCGCCAUAUUUUCCCCCGCUUCUAUUUCUUGUCCAAUGAUGACCUCCUGGAGAUUCUGGGCCAGUCUCGCAACCCAGAGGCUGUGCAGCCACACCUCAAAAAAUGCUUUGACAACAUCAAAUUUCUAAGAAUGCAGAAGGUUGGUGGACCCAGCAGCAAAUGGGAAGCUGUGGGAAUGUUCUCAGGUGAUGGCGAGUAUAUUGAUUUCCUCCACCCGGUACUUUUAGAAGGGCCUGUGGAGUCUUGGCUUGGCGAUGUGGAGCGGAUCAUGAGGGUCACCCUACGGGAACUUCUCCGGAACUGCCGCCUGGCCCUCAAGAAGUUUCUUAACAAGAGGGACAAAUGGGUGAAAGAGUGGGCUGGCCAGGUGGUGAUCGCUGCCAGUCAGAUCCAGUGGACGGCUGAUGUAACCAAGUGCCUGGUGACAGCUAAGGAGCGGGGAGACAAGAAGAUCCUCAAAGUCAUGAAGAAGAAGCAGGUGUCAAUACUGAAUAAGUAUUCAGAAGCUAUCAGGGGGAACUUGACCAAGAUCAUGCGACUUAAAAUUGUGGGUCUGGUGACCAUAGAAAUUCAUUCUCGAGAUGUGUUGGAGAAGCUUUAUAAGAGUGGCCAAAUAGAUGUGAAUUCUUUUGACUGGCUCAGCCAGUUGCGCUUCUACUGGGAGAAGGAUCUCGAUGACUGUAUGAUCCGGCAGACCAACACACAAUUCCAGUAUGGUUAUGAAUACUUGGGUAACUCUGGCCGUCUUGUCAUCACCCCCUUGACAGACAGGUGUUACAUAACACUGACCACAGCAUUGCACCUGCAUCGCGGGGGUUCCCCCAAAGGUCCAGCAGGCACGGGAAAGACGGAAACUGUCAAGGACCUGGGCAAGGCCCUUGGCAUGUAUGUCAUCGUGGUCAACUGUUCUGAGGGCCUGGACUUUAAGUCCAUGGGCCGAAUGUACUCAGGCCUGGCCCAGACGGGUGCUUGGGGCUGCUUUGAUGAGUUUAACCGCAUCAACAUUGAGGUGCUGUCGGUGGUGGCCCAGCAGAUCCUGUCAAUCCUAUCCGCCCUGGCUGCCAACCUCACCCGCUUCUAUUUUGAGGGCUUUGAAAUAAAUUUGGUGUGGUCCUGUGGGAUCUUCAUCACCAUGAAUCCUGGCUAUGCUGGUCGUACAGAACUUCCUGAAAAUCUUAAAUCCAUGUUCCGUCCAAUUGCCAUGGUGGUGCCUGAUUCAACUCUUAUUGCAGAAAUCGUUCUCUUUGGGGAGGGCUUUGGCAACUGCAGGAUUCUGGCUAAGAAGGUAUACACACUUUACUCCCUGGCUGUGCAGCAGCUCUCCAGACAGGACCAUUAUGACUUUGGCCUACGUGCCCUCACGUCCCUUCUGCGCUAUGCUGGCAAGAAGCGCCGCUUGCAGCCAGAUCUGUCUGAUGAAGAGGUUUUGCUGCUAUCAAUGAGGGAUAUGAACAUUGCCAAGCUAACUUCAGUCGACACACCACUAUUCAAUGCCAUCAUGCAAGAUCUAUUUCCCAGCAUUGAGCUGCCUGUCAUUGAUUAUGGCAAGCUGCAGGAGACCAUCGAACAUGAGAUUCGAGAAAUGGGCCUGCAGAUUACACCAUUCACCCUCACCAAAGUCAUCCAGUUGUAUGAAACCAAGAGCUCCCGCCACUCCACCAUGAUCGUGGGCUGUACAGGCAGCAGCAAGACUACGGCAUGGCGAAUUCUCCAGUCCUCCUUGUCCUCCCUGUGCCGCGCUGGAGACCCCAACUUCAACAUCGUUAGAGAGUUUCCUCUGAACCCAAAGGCAUUGUCCCUAGGGGAGCUGUAUGGGGAAUAUGACCUUAACACUAAUGAAUGGACAGAUGGCAUCCUAUCCAGCGUCAUGCGGAUGGCAUGUGCAGAUGAGAAACCAGAUGAGAAGUGGAUCCUUUUUGAUGGCCCUGUGGACACUCUGUGGAUUGAGAGCAUGAACUCUGUCAUGGACGACAACAAGGUGUUGACCCUCAUCAAUGGAGAGCGCAUUGCGAUGCCUGAGCAGGUGUCCCUGCUGUUUGAAGUGGAGAACUUGGCGGUGGCCUCUCCAGCCACUGUGUCUCGCUGUGGGAUGGUGUACACUGACUACGCGGACCUGGGCUGGAAGCCCUAUGUUCAGUCAUGGCUAGAGAAGAGGCCAAAGGCUGAGGUAGAGCCCCUUCAACGCAUGUUUGAAAAAUUUAUCGACAAGAUGCUGACCUUCAAGAAGGACAAUUGCAAUGAACUGGUGCCCCUACCUGAAUACAGUGGAAUCAUCUCUCUCUGCAAGCUGUACUCGUCGCUGGCCAUGCCAGAGAAUGGGGUGAACCCAGCUGAUAGUGAGAACUAUGUCGCUAUGGUAGAGCUGACUUUUGUGUUCAGCAUGAUCUGGUCUGUGUGUGCCUCUGUGGAUGAGGAAGGCCGCAAGAAGAUUGACAGCUACCUCCGAGAGAUUGAAGGCACUUUUCCUAAUAAGGACACAGUGUAUGAGUAUUUUGUGGACCCCAAGAUGAGAAGCUGGACAUCAUUUGAGGAUAAGCUCCCUAAAAGUUGGCGCUACCCCUCAAAUUGCCCCUUCUAUAAGAUUAUGGUGCCCACUGUUGACACUGUUCGCUACAACCACCUGGUGAGCACCUUGGUGGCCAAUCAGAUUCCUGUCCUGCUGGUGGGUCCUGUGGGGACUGGGAAAACCUCCAUCGCCCAGAGCGUUCUGCAGUCCUUGCCCUCAAGCCAGUGGUCAGUGCUCACUGUCAACAUGUCUGCACAGACCACAUCCAAUAAUGUGCAGAGCAUCAUUGAGAGCAGGGUGGAGAAGCGAACCAAGGGUGUCUAUGUACCAUUUGGGGGCAAAAGCAUGAUCACCUUUAUGGAUGACCUAAAUAUGCCAGCUAAGGACACAUUUGGGUCUCAGCCACCCCUGGAGCUGAUUCGCCUCUGGAUUGACUAUGGCUUCUGGUAUGAUCGUUUGAAGCAGACCAUCAAGUACAUUCGAGACAUGUUCCUGAUGGCUGCCAUGGGCCCUCCUGGGGGUGGCCGGACUGUCAUCUCUCCUAGACUGCAGAGUCGCUUCAACAUCAUCAACAUGACCUUCCCCACAGAGUCUCAGAUCAUCCGAAUAUUUGGCACCAUGAUCAAUCAGAAGCUUCAGGACUUUGAGGAAGAGGUGAAGCCCAUUGGGAAUGUGGUGACUGAGGCCACCUUAGAGGUGUACAACACUGUGGUCCAGCGUUUCCUGCCCACACCCGCCAAGAUCCACUACCUCUUCAACCUUCGAGACAUCUCCAAGGUAUUUCAGGGCAUGCUUAGAGCCAACAAGGACUUCCACGACACCAAGUCCAGCAUCACACGGCUCUGGAUCCAUGAAUGUUUUAGAGUCUUUUCUGACCGACUGGUUGAUGCAGCAGACACGGAAGCCUUUGUGGUCAUCUUAAGUGACAAACUCGGCUCCUUCUUUGACCUUACAUUUCAUAAUCUUUGUCCCAACAAACGUUCUCCUAUCUUUGGGGACUUCAUGAGGGAGCCUAAGGUAUAUGAAGACCUGACUGAUCUGACAGUACUGAAGACAGCCAUGGAGACGGCUCUAAAUGAGUACAAUCUGUCACCUGCUGUUGUGCCAAUGUAUCUUGUGCUCUUCCGAGAAGCUAUUGAACACAUCACACGGAUUGUGCGGGUCAUUGGACAGCCUCGGGGCAACAUGCUCUUGGUGGGCAUUGGGGGCAGUGGGCGCCAGAGUCUGGCCCGCUUGGCCUCAUCCAUCUGCGAGUACAUCACCUUCCAGAUUGAAGUCACCAAGCAUUAUCGGAAGCAAGAGUUCCGAGAGGAUAUCAAGCGUCUGUACCGUCAGGCUGGGGUAGAACUCAAGGCUACAUCCUUCCUUUUCACGGACACCCAAAUUGCUGAUGAAUCAUUCCUAGAGGAUAUUAACAACAUCCUCAGCUCGGGCGAGGUCCCCAAUCUCUACAAGACUGAUGAAUUUGAAGAAAUCCAGACACAAAUCAUAGAUCAAGCCCGGGCAGAGCAGGUACCAGAGUCCUCGGACAGCCUCUUUGCCUACCUCAUUGAGCGUGUGCGCAACAACCUGCACAUCAUUCUCUGUCUCAGCCCCGUGGGUGACCCCUUCAGGAACUGGAUCCGCCAGUACCCAGCCUUGGUGAACUGCACUACCAUCAACUGGUUCUCAGAAUGGCCCCGUGAAGCCCUGCUGGAGGUGGCUGAGAAGUACCUCAUGGGCGUAGAUCUGGGAACACAGGAGAAUAUCCAGAGGAAGGUGGCCCAGAUCUUUGUCACCAUGCACUGGUCAGUGGCUCAGUAUUCCCAGAAGAUGCUGUUGGAACUGAGAAGAUACAACUAUGUGACCCCCACCAACUACCUGGAACUUGUAUCUGGAUAUAAGAAGCUGCUGGCAGAGAAGCGGCAGGAGCUGCUAGACCAGGCCACUAAGCUGCGGACAGGAUUGUUUAAGAUUGAUGAGACGAGGGAAAAGGUGGAAGUGAUGUCGCUGGAGCUGGAGGAUGCCAAGAAAAAGGUGGCUGAGUUCCAGAAACAGUGCGAGGAGUACCUUGUCAUCAUUGUACAGCAGAAGCGAGAAGCAGAUGAGCAGCAGAAGGCCGUCACAGCCCAUAGUGAGAAGAUUGCAGUUGAGGAAGUCAAGUGCCAGGCACUGGCUGACAAUGCCCAGAAGGAUCUUGAAGAGGCAUUGCCAGCCCUGGAAGAGGCCAUGAGGGCCUUGGAGUCUCUGAACAAGAAGGAUAUAGGAGAGAUCAAGUCUUAUGGACGGCCCCCUGCCCAGGUGGAGAUGGUGAUGCAGGCAGUCAUGAUUCUUCGAGGCAAUGAGCCCACUUGGGUGGAGGCCAAGAGGCAGCUAGGGGAACAGAAUUUCAUCAAAUCACUGAUCCACUUUGAUAAAGAUAAUAUCUCAGAUAAGGUUCUCAAGAAGAUCGGGGCCUACUGUGCCCAGCCUGACUUCCAGCCUGACAUCAUUGGCCGAGUCUCACUUGCUGCCAAGUCCCUCUGUAUGUGGGUGCGGGCCAUGGAGUUGUAUGGCAGGCUGUAUCGGGUGGUGGAGCCCAAGCGGAUCCGAAUGAAUGCUGCAUUGGCCCAGCUUCAGGAGAAGCAAGCAGCACUGGCUGAGGCCCAGGAGAAGCUGCGGGAGGUGGCUGAGAAACUGGAGAUGCUGAAGAAACAGUAUGAUGAGAAGCUGGCACAAAAGGAGGAGCUUCGCGAGAAGUCUAAGGAGAUGGCACUGAAACUGGAGCGAGCUGGAAUGUUGGUGUCUGGAUUGGCUGGCGAGAAGGCCCGAUGGGAGGAGACAGCAAAGGGCUUGGAGGAGGACCUGGGCUACCUGGUGGGUGACUGUCUCCUGGCAGCUGCCUUCCUGUCCUACAUGGGACCCUUCCUAACCAACUACCGGGAUGAAAUUGUCAACCAGAUCUGGAUCAGGAAGAUUUGGGAGCUUCAAGUUCCUUGCUCACCUCGCUUCACCUUUGAUAACUUCCUGUCCAAUCCUACCAAAGUUCGGGACUGGAACAUUCAAGGGUUGCCCUCAGAUGCUUUCUCCACUGAGAAUGGCAUCAUCGUCACCCGUGGCAACAGGUGGGCAUUGAUGAUUGAUCCUCAGGCCCAGGCCCUGAAGUGGAUCAAGAACAUGGAGGGAAAACAGGGCCUUCAGAUCAUUGACCUGCAGAUGGGUGAUUACCUUCGAGUCCUAGAAAAGGCCAUCCAGUUUGGAUACCCAGUGCUGCUCCAGAAUGUGCAGGAAUAUCUGGACCCCACACUCAACCCUGUGCUCAACAAAUCUGUAGCUCGAAUUGGUGGUCGGCUGCUGAUUCGCAUUGGAGAUAAGGAGGUGGAAUACAACACCAAUUUUCGUUUCUACAUCACCACCAAGCUCUCCAACCCCCACUACAGCCCAGAAACCUCAGCCAAGACCACCAUUGUCAACUUUGCAGUCAAAGAACAGGGCCUGGAGGCCCAACUGCUGGGCAUUGUGGUCCGGAAGGAGCGGCCUGAGCUGGAGGAGCAGAAGGAUUCACUGGUCAUCAAUAUCGCUGCUGGCAAGAGAAAGCUCAAGGAACUGGAGGAUGAGAUCCUUCGGCUACUGAAUGAGGCCACAGGCUCCCUGCUUGAUGAUGUGCAGCUGGUGAAUACCCUUCAGACCUCCAAGAUAACUGCCAAUGAGGUGACUGAGCAGCUGGAGACCAGUGAAACCACAGAGAUUAACAUUGACUUGGCCCGAGAGGCUUACCGUCCAUGUGCCCAGCGGGCGUCGGUUCUGUUCUUCGUGCUCAAUGACAUGGGCCGCAUUGACCCCAUGUACCAGUUCUCGCUGGAUGCCUACAUCAACCUCUUUAUCCUCAGCAUUGACAAGAGCCAUCGCAGCAACAAGCUGGAGGACCGCAUUGACUACCUGAAUGAAUACCACACCUAUGCUGUCUACAGGUACACCUGCCGCACCCUUUUUGAGCGCCACAAGCUGCUAUUCAGUUUUCAGAUGUGUGCCAAAAUCCUGGAGACUUCUGGCAAGCUCAACAUGGAUGAGUACAACUUCUUUCUACGUGGGGGUGUGGUCCUGGAUCGGGAGGGCCAAAUGGAUAACCCAUGUACUAGUUGGCUUGCGGAUGCCUACUGGGAUAACAUCACAGAGCUAGACAAACUAACCAACUUUCAUGGACUCAUGAACUCCUUUGAACAGUAUCCUCGUGACUGGCACCUGUGGUAUACCAAUUCCACCCCGGAGAAGGCUAUGUUGCCAGGUGAGUGGGAGAAUGCCUGCAAUGAAAUGCAACGGAUGCUGAUUGUUCGCUCCCUACGCCAGGACCGCGUGGCAUUCUGUGUUACCUCUUUCAUUGUCUCCAACCUCGGCUCCCGCUUCGUUGAACCGCCUGUGCUAAACAUGAAGUUGGUGAUGGAGGAUUCAACCCCACGAACCCCACUGGUGUUCAUCCUGUCUCCUGGUGUGGACCCCACCAGUGCUCUGCUCCAGCUGGCUGAGCACACAGGCAUGGCCCAGCGUUUCCACGCCCUGUCCCUGGGCCAGGGCCAGGCCCCCAUUGCUGCUCGGCUCCUCCGAGAGGGCAUGAUGCAAGGACAAUGGGUGUUCCUGGCCAACUGCCACCUGUCACUGUCUUGGAUGCCUAAUCUUGACAAAUUGGUGGAACGACUGCAGGUGGAGGAUCCUCACCCUUCCUUCCGCCUCUGGCUCAGCUCUAGCCCCCACCCCGACUUUCCCAUUUCAAUCUUACAGGCCAGCAUCAAGAUGACCACAGAACCGCCAAAGGGCCUAAAAGCCAACAUGACACGUCUUUUCCAACUGAUGACGGAACCACAGUUUUCCCGCUGCUCCAAACCUGCGAAGUAUAAGAAGCUGCUGUUUGCACUCUGCUUCUUUCACUCUGUGUUACUCGAACGCAAAAAGUUCCUGCAGCUUGGCUGGAACAUUGUCUAUGGCUUCAAUGACUCUGACUUUGAGGUGUCAGAGAAUUUGCUGAGCCUCUAUCUGGAUGAGUAUGAGGAGACACCCUGGGAUGCGCUCAAGUACCUCAUUGCAGGCAUCAACUAUGGUGGGCACGUCACGGAUGACUGGGACCGGCGCCUGCUCACCACCUACAUCAAUGACUAUUUCUGUGACCAGUCUCUAUCAACCCCCUCCUACCGGUUGUCAGCAUUAGACACUUAUUUCAUACCCAAGGAUGGGAGCCUGGCCUCUUACAAGGAGUACAUCAGCAUGUUGCCUAGCAUGGACCCCCCUGAAGCCUUUGGCCAGCACCCCAAUGCAGAUGUGGCCUCCCAGAUCACUGAGGCACGAACUCUCUUUGAGACUCUGCUUUCCCUGCAACCCCAGAUUACACCCUCCAGGGCUGGAGGCCAGAGCAGGGAAGAGAAGGUCCUUGAGCUGGCCACUGAUGUGAAACAGAAGAUCCCUGAAAUGAUCGACUAUGAGGGGACCCGAAAAUUGCUGGCUCUGGACCCCUCCCCUCUCAAUGUGGUCCUUCUGCAGGAGAUCCAGAGAUACAACAAGCUUAUGGAGACCAUCCUGUUCUCAUUGACAGACCUGGAAAAGGGCAUCCAGGGCCUCAUCGUCAUGUCUACAAGCCUGGAAGAAAUUUUCAAUUGCAUCUUUGAUGCCCAUGUCCCUCCACUCUGGGGAAAGGCAUAUCCCUCACAAAAGCCACUGGCUGCGUGGACCCGGGACUUGGCCCUGCGUGUAGAACAGUUUGAGCUGUGGGCUAGUCGUGCCCGGCCUCCUGUGAUCUUCUGGUUGUCUGGCUUCACCUUCCCCACUGGCUUUCUCACUGCUGUAUUACAAUCUUCAGCUCGCCAAAACAACAUAUCAGUGGACAGCCUCUCUUGGGAAUUUAUUGUUUCCACUGUGGAUGACAGCAACCUAGUGUAUCCACCCAAGGACGGCGUCUGGGUUCGAGGCCUGUAUCUAGAGGGUGCUGGCUGGGACCGGAAAAACUCCUGCUUGGUGGAAGCAGAGCCCAUGCAGCUUGUCUGCCUCAUGCCCACCAUCCACUUCCGGCCUACAGAGAGCAGAAAGAAGAGUGCCAAGGGUAUGUACUCCUGUCCUUGCUAUUACUAUCCCAACCGGGCAGGCAGCUCAGACAGAGCCUCCUUUGUCAUUGGCAUCGACCUCCGGUGUGGGACCAUGACAUCUGAUCAUUGGAUCAAGAGGGGCACUGCUCUACUCAUGAGCCUGGACAACUGA